AUGAAUACAACAGAAGAUCAAGUGAAUCACCGAUCGAAAAGAAUUAUCAACGGUAACAGAAUAAAUAUUUCCAAAGUGCCCUAUCAAGUGGCGAUCCUUUGGCGCAGCUAUCUGGUAUGCGGUGGAUCGAUCAUAGCUCCCAUAUGGAUCCUCACAGCUGGCCAUUGUCUGCACGAUCACCCAACAACAGAGAUGAAAGUCCGGGCUGGUUCAGAUCGCCGACAUAUCGGUGGCAUAAUGCGCCAUGUUCGCUGGACUAGCAUUCAUCCGCAGUAUACACCGAAGAAUUUGCUAAAUGAUGUGGCAAUGAUCCUGUUGGAUGCUUCGCUCAUUAUGACCCAGGAUGUGAUGUGUAUCAAACUGCCGCCAUCGGGGUCGUUUCCAGCCACAGGAAAGCGGGCACUCGUUUCCGGAUGGGGUAUGAAAGAUGCAAACUCUGACAAGGGCAAUCCCAGUUCUUUCUCGACUUUGCUGAUGUUUACGUACCUUCCGAUAAUGGACUUCGGCACGUGCAGGCACAACUACAAAAAAUUUAAAAUGUCGCAGAAUUCGCAGAUCUGCGCCGGUUAUCCUCAGGGUGGAACGGAUGCCUGUACCGGUGACUCGGGAGGACCACUGGCGCUGGAACAGUAUCAGGUCGGUGUGGUUUCAUGGGGUGUCUCCUGUGCAAAGCCCAAACAGCCUGGCGUCUUCACCAACGUUGGAACGUUCAGAGAAUGGAUCGACCAGACCACCCAUAAGUUUACGCGUCCUGGCGCAUUGAAGUGUAGUCGGUAUUAUUGA